ACGACACGAACGUGUUUUGGUCACGUGGUUGCGGGGUGGGGUCAACAGGUAGGUGCGUAGCGUGAGUUUUUCCGUUUAAAGGGCAAAGUUGUUUCUGCAGGUUGUCACUGCUAUUGUGUGCUCCCAAGACAACAUGGAUUUCGAUUUGGCUUCAGCUGUAGGUAAAGAUGAUCAGGUGAAAAAGGAUGAUUCCUCUGGCCAGGAACAGAACGCCCUCUUUGGAUGGGGGAAGAAGAAGGACAAAGAUGGGGAUAAGGACAAGAGUGCAUCCAAGGACAAAGACAAAUCAAAGGACCGCAAGGACAGUGACAAAUCGAAGGACCAUAGGGUGGACAAAGACAAGUCUAACGAACAUAAGGACAAGAAACAUGGUGACAAGAAGGACAAAGGUCAUAAGAAGAAGAAAGACAAGAAGCCCAAAGAGCAUAAGGACAAAGACGAUGGGCAUGGGUCUUCUUCUUCCUCGUCCAGCAGCGAUGAGGAUGAAGGCAAGAAGACUCAUCACUGAUUCUGGUGCUGUGAGGAGGUCCUGUCAGACUUUUCUCCAUCUUUCCUCCCCAGUGAAAAGUCUAAUGUCCACCAGAAGAGGGAGGUGUUUUUCAUUGAAUAUUUGUUUAACAGAUUGAAUACAAUUGAUUGGCAAACAUUAUGUUCAGGUUUUUUGAUAAAUUGUCCAGUUCAAAAGA